UUUCUGUGGUUAUCUAUAACAAUUAUUAUAGAAACAAGAACAAAUAACCGUGAGAACCGCAUAUCAAUUGAUAUAAAUAGUAUUUUAAUGAUCAAGAUACAUAUUUCUUGGGAUAUAUGACUUCGCACACUAACGAAAUAACCCAUUUGGAUAUUGUCGCCGAAUUUUUGGAGAUAGUUAUUCAUAGCGUGCUCUACGUAAAAAAAUUGUAUCCCAAUAGUAUAUUUUUGCCCAGAAAAAAAUACGGCUUAGCUGUUUACCAAGUGGUUCAUCCAGAACUGAGGGAAUAUAUCAAGGAAUGUCUUACAGCAAUUUCCUUUCAUUUCAAGAAAGGAGAUCUUAAAAAAAUUUAUAUUUGUUUUGUCAAUGCUGAUGACAGAAUUUUUGAAAAAGUUGUGAUUGAAAUAUUGGGAUUUAACUAUACCAGUGAAGGUGACACUUUUUUGGUUGAUUUGGAACAGUGUUUGAGAGAUUUUCUAUUAAAAUUAUACAACUCACAGUCAUAUUUGGAAGAUUUAACUCAAGAUGCUUUUUUCACUAUACAGUUAGAAACCAGUCGGACUUGUGCUUUGGAAUUUAAUGAAGAUGCAUCACACGAAGCUUUCCCUUGGGUUGAGUAUCAUGGCACUAAAGGUCAACCUGCAGACUUUUAUUCCAUAGUGCCAUUACACACUUUAGAAACACAUGCCCUUAAAUUGCAAAUGUAUGCAGAAAAGUAAAAAAAUGGUAGAUUUUGA